UUGCAUUAGCAUCACCUUCAAUGAAGAUGAAAAUUGAAAAUCGAGAAGGUGAAGAAGAAGAAGAAAAGAUUUCCAUUUGAUUUAAAUAUGAAAAAGCGGUUCCAUUGUUCAGUUCUCAACUGAACCGGUUCGACCGGACAAAACAUAGAUCCAUUUAUAAAAAUAUAAGAAAAACCAAAAUUCACACGAAGCAUGAUUUUGUUGGGAGAGUGCUGUUUCACUCUCACCAAACCUCGAUUUCUCCGACCCAACGCCGAUUCAGUUUCCAACGACCAUAGAAGAAGAAUCAAAAGCGUGCAAUGUUUACGAAGAUGCGAGCUCAUAGAUUUUCAUCAAGAAUUGAUUCCUUACGAAGUAGCAUGGUCUUUACAAAAACACAUUGUUAAGCAAAAGAAAUCACAGAUUCAAAACGAAGGAGAUUGCGACGAUACUCUCAUUGUUUUGCAACACCCUUCUGUUUUUACAUUGGGUACCGCUAGUUCCAACGAUAACCUCAAUUUUGACAUUAAAAAUCCUCCCUUUCAUGUUCAUCGUACCGAACGUGGCGGUGAAGUUACAUACCAUGGUCCUGGUCAGUUAGUGAUGUAUCCAAUUAUCAACCUUAGAAAACACAAAAUGGAUCUUCAUUGGUAUCUCAGAAAACUUGAAGAGGUUGUUAUUGGUGUUUUGUCUUCAACGUUUUCUAUUCAUGCUUCUCGGGUGGAAGGUUUAACUGGUGUUUGGGUUGGAAAUGAGAAAGUGGCAGCUAUGGGCAUAAGAGUGGCACAAUGGGUAACCUACCAUGGCUUAGCACUCAAUGUCACGACGGAUUUGAGUCCCUUUAAAUGGAUCGUCCCGUGCGGAAUACGCGACCGUCAAAUUGGGAGUAUCAAAGGGUUGUUGAGAGAAGCUCGGUCAUCAUGUAAUGAUCAUGGAACAUCUGAUUUGCAUGGUUUGGAUGAUGAGAGUCUUAUUCAUAUUACUCAUAAGUCCUUAAUUGAAGAGUUCGCAAAAGUGUUUCAGCUUGAGUAUCAUUAUAAAACUAUUUCUAUACCCAUGUUGUGUGAAAGUGAAGGAAAGGAAGUUAUGUACCAAAAAAACAGAAAACUUGAAUUGUUGUAAUGCACAUAGACACAUAGCUUAUUUAGUUUUUUUUUUAUAGAUAUGGCCAGAUUAAAGAUCUUCAAUCUUGCAAUCAAACACACUUGUUAUUCUAUGUUGUGUUCUAGGAGACCAAUUGCUUGUGUAUAAGGGUAUGAGAGAUUGACAACAUUAUAAACAAACUUCUGUAACAAUCUUAACAAAAGGAAGAGAAAACAAUGAUGUGAUAUUUUGAAUUAUUA